AUGGGUGUGCUCAACCACAUAUUUCAAAAGAAGUCGAAGUCGAAAGAAAAAGGAUCACAGAAGAAGUUGUCAAAGGAAACCCGCAAAGUUCAAAAUUAUGCGUCGAUGACAAUUGGCAUUAGGGUGAAAGAUGAUGUAAUUGUCGACGUGAUCUACAUUGGCACUGCAAUUCCAAUAGUCAAGUCCAUUAUGUACUACCCUAAACCGUCAAAUUUCUCUGAAGAGCCAACAGUAUUCGAAGUUGUUGGUGGAUAUGACUAUAAAAUUCUAGGACAGUUUCAAUUAUAUGGAAAAGCUUUGAACAAUCCACAAUUUCAAAUAGAUUUCUUGAUGAACGAAAACAAAGUAUUGAAUAUUACCGUCGUUGACUUGGAUUCCGGAAGGUACGGCAACAUAGAGAUUUCAAACUACAGCGGAAUAGAGCAGCAAAUGGAAGGGGCAAAGCUUCCAUCAAAGGAAACCAGGCGACCACAAUCCUAUACACCAAUGUCAAUUGGUAUUAGGGUGAAAGAUGAUGUAACUGUCGACCUAAUCUACGCUGGCACUGCAAUUCCAAUAGCGAAAUCCAUUAUGUACUACCCUAAACCUUCAGAUUUCUUUGAAGAGCCAACAAUAUUCGAAGUUAUUGGUGGAUAUGACUACAAAAUUAUAGAGCAGUUUAAGCUAUAUGGAAAAGCUUUCAGCAAUCCUCGAUUUCGAAUUGAUUUUUCAAUGAACGAAAACAAAGUAUUGAAUAUUACCGUCGUUGACUUGGAUUCGGGAAGAUGCAGCAAAAUAGAGAUUUCAAAGUACACAGCCAUGGAGCAACAUGCCGACUACAAGUAUGAUAAUAGCAGCCGAGAUAGCAGAUCGUCUGAAAUCGAUCAAAUCAAACAAUUAAUAUCCAUAGUUAAAUAUGCUGUAAGGGAUGGAAAUCUCAGAGCAAAGAUAUCUGUUAUUAGUAAACAAGAGAUGAACUCCAUGGCCUACGAGAUAGAAGACUGGAUGAAGCUUUCGCAAGAUGCAUCGCUUGGUGAACUUCAGCUCAAACACGCUAAGUUGCAGGCAGUUAUCAGGGAGCAAAUUCCCCCUGGAUACAAGCCAUGGAGGGUGGAGGGAUGA